UGUAUCUUUAUCCAAUCAGAACUUGACUCUCUUGUUCGAGGCUCGACUUAAUAUCAUUGUAGUGAACAUUUCAAAAACAACACGCUUGAUCAGAUUCUUUUACAAUGGCAAAACUGUACGCCAGUUUCAAAGUUGUGAAUCUGAUGGUAUUUUUGGAAGUGGUGAUUUUUGUCAAUGGGCAUGAAUUUCAUACACGACAACAACUCAUGUACGCUGCAGAAAAUCGCGCACUACAAGGAUCAGCAUAUGCAACCAAAACUGUGCGAUCUCGUGCCAUUUGCGGAGUGAAAUGCGGCAUGGAUGAACGUUGCAAGUCGUUUAACUUUAACGACUGCAGUAAAAUAUGCGAGCUGAACAUUGCCACAAGACGAGAUCAUCCCGAAGACUUCAAUGCAACUCAAGGAAGUGUGUACUUUGAUGCGGAUGAGGACACACCUCUCUACUCACUGACUGACAGCUCCUUGAAUCGCUACAGAAGUUGCAAGAUGCUCUUGGAUGCCGGUUAUCGUUCAAGCGGUAUCUACACAAUCUACCCAGAGGGAUUCGGUAGUUGCGGUCUUCGUGUCUACUGUGACAUGGAAACUGACGGUGGAGGAUGGAUCGUGUUUCAGAGGCGACAAGAUGGCAGCGUGGACUUCUACCGCAACUGGACCGAGUACCAAUCUGGCUUUGGCGAUCUGUCCGGUGAGUUCUGGUUGGGUAAUGACAACUUGUUGACUCUGACGUCUGAUGAUUCACAAGGAACAUGGGAGCUACGAGUUGAUUUAGAGGACUGGGAGAACAACACAGCAUGGGCAAAGCACUCAGAUUUCCAAAUAUCCCCGGGUGAGUACAAUCUGAAUAUUGGCCGAUACGAUGCCAACAGCACUGCCGGUGACUCUCUUGGUAAUCACAGAGGACGUCCCUUCUCAACAAAAGAUUCGGGUUCAUCAUAUUGUGCACAAUACUUCACAGGAGCCUGGUGGUUUAAACAUUGUUUUCUCUCUCACUUGAAUGGUCCAUAUCACCCAUUUGGGCGUGUCCAACAUAGCAUUGGAGUGCAAUGGGAGACAUGGAAAGGGUAUUAUUAUUCUCUGAAAACGUGCAGCAUGAAAAUGCGUGAAUUGAGACCAUAA